AUGCCUAUGCAAUGGAAUGAACAGGCCGAUGCCAGGCUAUUUGCCAACGUUCUCAAACUCCAUGUCGUAAAGAUCGACUACGCAGCACUUGCUAAAUCGAUGGGAGAAAACGUAACCCCGAAGGCCAUAUCCCACCGCAUUUCUAAGAUCAAGGAAAAGGCUACAGCACGCCGCCACGCUGAUUGGGAGCAACACUAUAACCAAAGUAACAAAAACCCCAAUGGCGGUGUUACAUCCACGGGUAAGAAACGUGGCCCAAAGCCGAAAGCUUACCGUAACCCUCAAGACGAUGAAGAUAAUAGAAGAAAGAGGGUCAAAGCUGAGCACGUAGCCGUUGUGAAGGCUGAGCCCGGGAUUGAAGAAGAGGAAGAGGCGGCGGCGAUAGAGAAAGCUAGAGAAGAGCAUGUGGCGUGGUCAGGUAUGGGAUGGGGGCCAGAGCAGCAAGAGUUUGCUCAGGUACGGGGGGCUGGGGAACGGUUCUAUGAGUAUCAGAAUGAUGAGAAGGUUGUUAGUGAUGUGGCAAAUGAGGGUUGUGUGGGAUUGAACCAUGAAGAUAUGGAUAACGAAGGGUGUGAUGAUCAUGAGGAAAACCAACAGGUGGGUCCAGAGGCGGUUGCUGUUGAUUCUUCCGCUUGCUCCACGGUUUCGAUCACCCCGACCGCCCCAACUCCUUGUGGUGAUGAUAAUGAUGGUAUUUUUGGUAUGCAUGUGUAUGAGGAUAGUGUUGGUACUUCUACAGAGGUUCAGAGUAAGAGGUUAUGA